ACCUACACGGGUCUGAAUCAUUUUAAAUCACCCCAGCUCCCCAAUAUACUCUAGCCGAUCAAAUUACUGAAUCAGGCAUCGGAUCUCAAGGAAUCUUGUCAACUAAUCGCACUUUUUAGUCUUUCCGACUUUCAUCAGUACAAGCUCUUCCUUUAUUGCACCUUCACAGUCGUCUACCUUGCUCCACUCCUUGUAGCGUUAAUGGUGGCGCUGCGUUGAGUAUUAGAGAGAAGAAUGCUGAUGACUUCUUGGGCGCUACUUCUUAUUUCUCUAUCCUCGCAGGCGGCGGCCCUGACGACCGAUGGCCUUUCUUUGCUCGCUCUGAAAGCUGCUAUCACGCUUGAUCCCCACCGCAUUCUCGACUCCUGGGUUGAUUCUGAUGACGACCCCUGCGCCUGGCGUGGCGUAUCGUGCCAGAGUGGUCGGAUCACCGCCGUCUCCAUGGCGAACAGCUCGCUUGAGGGCUACCUACCAUCAGAGCUCUCCCUGCUCUCCUCACUCGAAACCCUAGCCCUACCGCAUAACCGUUUCUUUGGCCAGAUCCCGUCAGCUAUCGGCAAUAUCAGAAGCUUGGUAUCACUUGACCUCUCCAACAACGAUUUCUCCGGUCCAGUGCCUUCUGAGAUUGCGGGGUUAGAAUCUCUCGUUAGUCUUGACCUCUCGUCUAACCAACUCAACGGGUCACUUCCCCCCGCGAUCGCCGCGCUACCAAGGCUCUCCGGCGUGUUGAACCUCUCCUGCAACCUCUUCACUGGAAAAAUCCCGGCUGCUUACGGCAACUUUCCGGUCGCCGUGAGCUUGGAUCUCAGGCAGAAUCACCUCUCCGGGGAGAUCCCACAGGUCGGUUCGCUGUUGAAUCAGGGCCCUACCGCAUUCGCCGGAAAUCCCGCUUUAUGUGGUUUCCCUCUCAAGUAUGCUUGCAGUCAACCCGUUGCAAAUGCAAACCCUAGCUUAAAUGUAAGUUCCCCUACGCUGCGCUCAACCGCGGAGGAGAGGCAACGUAGGCCUGCGGCCAUGAUCCCGAUCCUUGCUGUAAUCAUCAUCGUUGCACUUGUUUCGGUUCUCGUAUUACAAUGGCAGUUCCGCCGAAGACGUGCUACCGCGGCUGGUGGCAAGGGAAUGCUCUGCAAGAAGGGAAAAGGGUCGCCUUCGUUGAAUGAUCGGCGUGAGGGUCAGAAUCCCGACGAGAUCUACGUGGCUGUCGAUGAGAGCUUCGACCUCGAGCUGGAAGAACUCCUCCGUGCUUCGGCCUAUGUGAUUGGAAAGAGCCGGAGUGGCAUUGUCUACAAAGUGCUCGUCAGCCGCGGCCCUGCUUUAGCUGUCCGUCGCCUCAGUGAGAUCGACGACGGCAAUGAUCCCGAUGAUCCGUUCCGCCGCCGCCGCACGUUUGAGUCGGAGGCCGGUGCUCUCGGCCGCGCGCGGCAUCCUAAUUUGGUUCAUCUUCGCGCUUACUACUACGCACCCGACGAGAAGCUUCUCAUCUACGAUUACAUCCCUAAUGGAAAUCUCUUCAUUGCUCUGCACGGAGGGCAAAAGGCUGCGGUGGUGGGGCCGGCGCCGAUGAUGCUACCUUGGGCUGCGAGGCUUGCUAUCUUGAAGGGGGUGGCACGAGGGUUGGCUUACCUCCAUGAAUGCAGUGCAAGGAAGCUCGUUCAUGGUAGCUUGAAGAGCUCCAAGAUUCUAUUAGAUGGUAAUCUACGGCCAUAUGUGUCCGGUUUUGGGAUUUCUCAGUUGCAGCGUAGUGGCGGAGGGGGAUCGAAUCAGCAGCCGGUGGCUGCUGAGGCGGGCUACGCGGCGCCGGAGAUGAGGUCACCCCCUACACAGAGAGGGGAUGUUUACGCGUUCGGUGUGAUGAUGAUGGAGUUGGCAACGGGGAGGAGACCGGAGGCGGGGAUGGUGGAGUCGGUGCGACUGUCUUUCAAGGAGGCGCGGCCGCUGUCGGAGUUGGUGGACCCGACUUUGCUGAAGGAGGUGCACGCUAAGCGGGAGGUACUUGCGGUGUUUCAUAUCGCGCUUGGUUGCACGGAGGCUGAACCUGAGGCGCGGCCGCGGAUGCGGACCGUGGUGGAGGGACUCGAACGGAUUGGGCCAGAAGUUUGAACCGGGUUUGUGGUUGGUGUGUACAACCGGUUUAUGGAGUUUUAUGAUUCAAAUUUGAUUGAUGAGUUUUGAAAUUAUUAAAAUUAUUUUAAUAUGAAUU